AUGACGCAAAUCGCCACUUCGCAGCCCUACGCCUGGCCACAUGACAGCUCCUUCUCCCCGCUCACCACCGCCCUCGUCAUAAUCGACAUGCAAAAUGACUUCUGUACCCCCGGCGGCUACCUCUCCUCCCAAGGCUACUCACUCACCCCAACCACCACCAUCAUCCCCAAGAUCAUCACUCUCCUCGGCCUCGCCCGCCACUACUCCUACCCUAUCUUCUAUACGCGCGAGGGCCACCGCCCCGACCUCUCCGACCUCCCCGCACGCGAGCGCGCCCGCAGCCGCAACAACCCCAGCCAGCUAGGCAUCGGCGACACCGGCCCCAUGGGGCGUCUGCUCGUGCGCGGCGAGGAAGGCCAUGCCAUCAUCGACGAGCUGCAGCCGCGCCCUGGCGAGCCCGUGGUGGAUAAGCCGGGCAAGAGCGCAUUCACCUACACGGACUUUGAGCUGCUAUUGAAGGUGGCGGGCGUGCGCAACUUGGUGAUUGUCGGCGUGACGACGGAUGUAUGCGUGCAUUCGACGAUGCGGGAGGCGGCCGAUCGCGGGUAUGACUGUGUGUUAGUCGAGGAUGCGUGUGGCGCGAGUGUGCCGGAGCUGCAUCAGGCGGCGGUGGAGAUGGUGAGGACGGAGGGGGGCAUUUUUGGGGCGACGGCGAGGUUCGAGGAGGUGAUGGAGGCGAUGAUGGGCCCGGCAGAGAAAUGGGGGGAGUAG